CAAACGGUUACUUAUUCAACGUUCGAAUAUGGAACAGUUACUUGUUCAACGUUGAAGGUUGAAUGUCGAACGUCAAACGAGGAACGAGAAACCAACUUCACACCGCCGGAAGCCGGAAGAGGCACCCGAGGGCAUGGGCCUGCCCCCCCCCAACUCAGCGGUGUGCCGUGGGCGUGUCAGUGGGUGAUUUGGUCACGACUAUACCGUUGAAGAAGUCCCAGUUACGGUAGGCUUACAUUCUCAUUCGUUUAGUCUCACAUUUAGUCCUCGCUAAUGCCCACAUAUUUUUGUUAUUGCGUCCACAGGUUAUUUCCAUAGAGGUAGAUCUCUGAUCAACUACGAACGGUCCGUUCGUGUUUGACUUCGAUCCAAACCAGUCUCAGCGUACACGGAGGGAAUUAUGGCGAGCGUGCAACAACUUGAGCAAAUGUUGGCUCGGAGGGCAAAGAUGAAACUAGAAGAUAUCCACAUUCUCGAGACCUACGAGUAUGAAGGAGUUACACUUGCCUUGGACACUUUGAAGAGUACCAUGGACGAUUUGAAGACAUUUGAGAUUCGAGAAGAUGAUGUAUUCAUUGUAACCUUCCCCAAAGCAGGUACCACGUGGAUGCAGGAGAUCAUGUCUGCCGUCCUCCAUGAUGGAGACAUCGAGAAACUCAACCAGCUGCACACGAUGAUCCCACGCACCCACAAACGUUUGGAAAAGAUGCCUCGAGGUUCUCCCCGCCACAUCAAGUCCCACCUCCCGGGCCAACUUUUGCCCCCUCAGGUGUGGGAGAAGAAGGUCAAGAUCGUUUACGUCAUCAGGAACCCCAAGGAUGUGGUGGUCAGCUUUUUCCAUCACAUCUCUUGGACACUUCCGGCGGAUCGGCCAUUUCUGUUCGACGACUUUUUUGACACCUUCAUCAACGGCACCAAUCCGUACGGUAAGUGGUGGGAACACUACCUGUACUUCUGGGAGCGGCGUAACGAGGACAACAUUCUAUUUCUACGAUUCGAGGAUGCAAAGAAGGAUCUCCGUGGUAUCGUGAAGCGAAUCAGCGCGUUUUUGGGCAAAGCGUUACCGGAUGACGUCAUCGAUGCCAUCACUGACCACUGCACCUUUGAGAACAUGAAGAAGAACCCAAUGACCAAUCCGGACACUAUCACCCAGAUAAUCCAUGGAGGCAAGAUGCCCGAGGGGAAAUCGUUUAUGAGAGCAGGGAAGGUUGGCAGUUGGAAGUCGAAGCUGUCUGACUCUCAAAGCGAGGCCUUGGAUUCUCUUUGCAAGGAGAAAUUGGCGGGAACAGGGCUUUCGUUCGAAUGAGGGACCGAUCAUCACAUUAGAGGAAUGGGAAUUUUAAUGAUUAAUAAAUGCUCUGGCUUUAAGAAACUUUGUGGACAGUUAGUUGUUCAAAGGGGAAUGUUUAGUAUACAUGUACAUUAAACCCUACUAAACGACUGCAGUCUUUUUUAAUAUCAAAGUAUAUCAACGAUGACGAGAUUCUCUGGCAUUAGUUUUUAAUGUGUACGCUCGAAAACGAAAACAGACAGUAGGGCAUCCAGGUUUGAUUGGGGAAUUAGCAAAAUCAGGAUUUUAUUCACAACUGUCAAGCACAAAAUUCCUUUCUUUAAACUUUCAAAUAUAGGAACAUAAUUAUCCGCAAGGAACUCUCCCUACCCCGUACCCGCUGGACACGCCACUAGUAACAGGUGACAUCGUCGGUGCAUCGGGGUGGGAUGCCAGCUUUUUGGAGGUGUGUCAAAAGUAAUAGGGAAAGGCAAAUUUGUGGACUUUUCUUUUCCCUUCCAAUAAGUGUACAAAAAAUACAUAAAGAACAUGAUUUAGCUUCAGAUCUAAGAAAGGCUAUGAAAGGUUACAUUACAGAAACUUUGAUUCCUACCUUAAAAAAUUACCUAGUUCUGGAUCCGUUACCUCUUACACUUUAAUUUGUUUUGAUAGCUUUUACCUUUUAUUGUCUUUUCUUACAAUUUUUUAGAAUCUCAUAUUUGAUGUAUUUGAUAUAUAUAUAUUUGAUUUUCAGUGGUCCCUAGGGGGUUAGGGUUAAGUGUUUUGACGUCAAUUUCUAUGUACAUUUGCCAUUUUUAUCAUUUGUAUCUCUCAAGACUGAAACUAAAUAACAAUGCGAACAGCGAGUAAUCUUAUGGACAAAUUAAUGUUUCCUGUCAAAUUUUAAUUCAAGUUUUUUAAGUUUAACAAAAAAGAAUUGGGAAAUGACUGCCUUUUGAAAAAUACACGGUAUGCACUUCCCCUUUUUUUCAAUUCAAAACUUGCUUACAGACUGGGAAGGUCAGUAAUAGUCAGGUUUCCCAGUGUUUCCUACAGGCUUUUGUAGUGGGCAAGACGGGCAAAAAUAUGAGUAUAACCUUGCCGCUCCGAGGAGAAAGUCGGCGUGUUUCAAGUCUCUACCUGCAAUCACGUGAUAAUUGGCCUCAUGUCAUCCGAUCCUCUGAACAGAGCCAUCAUAGCUGGACUUGGUUUUUAUUUUCCAACAUCAAAAUAAGUGGAAACAAGGCCAGUCAUUUAGCCACUGAUAACCAGUGUAACCACCAAACCAAGAUCAAGGCAUGAACCCAGAAUCAUAAACACUGUAGGUAGUAUAAAUUGAGCGCUCCUCCUGUCACCUUUGGAUUGGUCAAAGAGGGAGUGUAGGUUCCUAUUCAACUGGCUUGAAGCCCUGCGAAUGCUAAAAUCCUGAUUCUAGUUACUUUGUUGGGAACUUUUAAAAGUGUCUUUUAUUUUGCAUUAUUAUUAUUAAUUUUUUGAGGGAGAGGCAUCCAGAAAAUGACUGAAUGAAUGAUAAAUUCACUUUCUACUCUGGCAUUCUAAAAUUGACUGAGCUAGUUUAGAAAUUUAACAAGUAGAAAUAAACUGUGUGUUGCUUGUGGUGUCAAAUUUAAA